UCAGCGUCCCUGAAAGUGUUAGCACCACCCCUCAGGGGCUUGGCGGCCUUCCAUUGGCCAGCCGGUGUUGAGGUGUCCUAUUUCCCAUUGGGGGCCGUGAACGCACCGAGGAAUGCAUUCCUAUGGGAUUUAACGGAUGAGCUAAAGUUGAUAAAACUUGUUGUUUCCUCCUCAAAACUUUUAUUUGAGCAAUUAAGUUGAUCAACAAAGUUUUCCCUCAACGCGGACUCCAUUUCGGGACCGAGUUGAACCGCACGUUUGAGUUAUGUCUCGAACAAUGUCCGCUUCGACUAAAGAAGGCGGCGAGGUGUCGGAGACCCGCAGGGCGGUGUGUAAGGUGUGCAGAGGUUUGUACCGGGAGCCCAGAAUCCUGCCGUGUUUGCACACCUUCUGCCUGGACUGCAUCGGCAAGCUGGAGCCCUUCUCGGGGGGCGCUCCAAGUCGUCACCGGGGCGGCCCGAAUGACGACCACGGCGGCGGGGCGGAGAGAGCCGAGAAAGGCAGCGUGACGGUGCUCUGCCCCCAGUGUGACUCCGAGGUGCAGCUUCCGCCGUCGGGGCCGGCCGGGCUGAGCACGGACCACCUGGCGCUGGACGAGGUUUUCCUGGAGACUCUGGUGAACGACGGCCCGCUGGGGUGCGACCUGUGCGGCGAGACCGGUGCCGAGAGCCGCUGUGACGUCUGCUGCGUCAACUUGUGCGAGUUCUGUUAUCAAGCGCACAGGCGUCAGAAGCGCACAGCGUCUCACUCCAUUCAGCGAUUGGAGGAUCUCAAGUCUCGGGGCGGUCUCUGUCGUCCCGUCUUGUGCUCCUUACAUCCCGGCCAGGAGCUCCGCCUCUUCUGCCAGCCGUGUGACCUUCCCGUCUGCCCCGAAUGCGCCGCCACGCUGCACUGCGAGCACCGCUGCAGCCCCGCCCACGAGGUCGUCGACCGCCACGGAGACCGCAUCAGGGCGCUGGUCAGCGACAGCCUGCGGCCUCGCCUGGAGCUUCUGGAGCAGACCCUGCAGAAGGUGGAUCUUUCCCAGGAGGCUUUGCAGGAAAGAUUUGAAGCGACAGCCAAUGAGGUGAAAGCGUUCGCACGAGGAUACGCCCACGCAGUGGAAACUCACUGCCUGUCUCUGAUGCGCCGCCUAGAGGAGCUCCGCCUACAACACAGGAACCAGCUGCUGCUGCAGAGAGCCCAGUGUCAGCAGGCGCUGUGUGACGUGCGUGGAGGCGUGGCCUUUGCUGAGAAGUUGCUGAGUCGUGGUUCUCACGCCGAGAUCCUCAGCGCCAAGAACGUGACUUUGAGGAGGCUGAGCUUCCUGGCGGAACCGAGCCGAGACCCUCAGCUGGCGGCGCUGGUCCUGGACGACGGCGGCGGCAUCCGCUUCGACGGCCGGGAGGCGGCGGGGGAGGCGGGGGGCUUCCCUCUGGUGGGCGUGGUCCACCACACGAUGGCGGACCCUCACAAGUGCCGCGUGGAAGGAGAAGGCCUCCAGCAGGUCUGGGAGGGCCAGCAGGGGGACUUUAAGCUGCUGUGCUGCGACGCGGUCGGCCAGACCGUGGCGCGAGGAGGCGACCACGUCCUGGUCAGCAUCCUGCACCGGGACAAGAAGAACUGCACGGUGGACGCCCGCGUGCUGGACAACGAGGACGGCUCCUACACCGUGUCCUACACGCCGCAGGAGGCGGGGCUCUACUCCGUGUGGGUGUGUGUGCGAGCGCAACACGUGAAGGGUUCUCCCUUCCUGCUGAGCGUGCAGAAGAAGCUGCGGCGUCACGCUGGCACCUUCCACUGCUGCUCCUUCUGCUCCAGCCAAGGAGCCAAGGAGGCUCGCUGUGCUUGUCCAGGGACUAUGCCAGGAGGGUUCCAAGGGUGUGGCCACAGUCACAAAGGGCAUCCUGGGAAGCCGCACUGGUCCUGCUGCGGAAACACCGUCGAGAAGUCCGAGUGUUUGCCCGCUAGCGUCCUCAACGCCGUCUCUGCCGGCAGCCGCCUGAAAACCGUCGAGCUCUGAGAGGACAAAGGGAUUGUGUUGGUCCCGAGCAGGAAGUAAAACCUCACCUUUUGGAGGUAAAAAUGUACCGUAUUUUUUGGAGUGUAAGUAUAAGUCGCACUGGCCGAAAAUGCAUAAUAAAGAAGGGAAAAAACAUAUAUAAGUCGCACUGGAGUAUAAGUCGCAUUUUUGGGGGAAAUGUAUUUGAUAAAAGCCAACACCAAGAAUAGACAUUUGAAAGGCAAUUUAAAAUAAAUAAAGAAUAGUGAACAACAGGCUGAAUAAGUGUACGUUAUAUGAGGCAUAAAUAACCAACUGAGAACGUGCCUGGUAUGUUAACUUGCCAACCCUCCCGGAUUUUCCGGGAGACUCCCGAAAUUCAGCGCCUCUCCCGAAAACCUCCCGGAUAGCCUCCGGGGGACAAAUUUUCUCCCGAAAUUCAGGCGGAGCUGGAGGCCACGCCCCCUCCAGCUCCAUGCGAACCUGAGUCCGCUUUCCCACAAUAUAAACAGCGUGCCUGCCCAAUCACGUUAUAACUGUAGAAUGAUGGAGGGCGAGUUCUUGGUUUCUUACGUGGGUUUAUUGUUAGGCAGUUUCAUUAACGUCCUCCCAGCGCGGCAACAACACACAACAACAGCAGUCACGUUUUUGUCUACCGUAAAGCAGUUCGUCUGCCGUAAACAGCAAUGUUGUGACACUCUUAAACAAGACAAUACUGCCAUCUAUAACAUCAAUAACAUAUAGGGCUUUUAGAGAGUGCAGUGCACAACUGUGCACACAACAAGGAGACGAAGCAGAAGAACGAGGAAGAUACAGCCACGGCGACGCCGACGACGAGUAAGAUGAAAAAAUACGCUGUGUUGCACCUUUCCUGCUUCUUGCUCCCAGGGGAGACACUUCUCCAGGGCCGAUGUAUGCUCGGGGCAACACCCUUCACCUUACCCGGCAGUGGGUCUCCACAGCGGACGACUUUAGGGUGAAUGAUGAGUCCGGCGAUUAGUUGCAAAUCUUGCUUUAUUGAUUGCUUGCACACAGUCAAUCCAACACAAAACAAACUAGUCACCGCCCGCACUCACGCUACCGCUCCCUCUCUUCUCUCGCCCACACACUCACUGACGUCACUCACCUCACAUGCUCACCUAUUAAAGGGCCACACACACACACGCAUACGCUACUCUCAUAACAGCUUGUAAGUUCCAAGCCGCAGCCGCGAUUGGACCUGGAUAGCCUCCGGGAAGAAGUAGUGGACUACCAAGUGCUUGGCAGUGAAGAUCUUCCUCAGGAAGCAAAGAUUGACCGGUUUUGGGCCAUGCUAGGGAGAGAUGGAAGAUUCCAGACUCUUUCGUGCGUGCCA